AUAUUGACUUUGAUAAGAAGUAGAGAUUAAUUUUCAAAAGAAAUAAUUAAACGGUAAGAAAUGAAUUUAAGAAGAAUUGAUUUAUUUGCCUCUUAAUUUAAUUUUAAUGUUGAUGGAAAUUUCAUUCAGAAGGGUACCUGUAUAGGUUCAUUCUAUACUGUAAUUGUGUUUUCUUUAUUAAUAUCUUAUGUAAUUUACAUAUUUGAACAGUAUGCUAACAAUGAAAUUGAACCUGUUUAUAGAUCUCAAAAUAUAAUAAAUAACUCUACAUAAAAAAUAGACUUAGAAUCAAAUGUAUUUGCAUAUAAAAUUAACAACCACUUUUUAGAUUAAUAAAAAUAAUUAGAAUAUGCGUAAUUCUAAAUUUAUGGUGUAUUCUCUAAUGGUACAUCUAAUAUGUAAGUUCCUCUUUCUUAAUAGUAAUGCUCUGAUCAUAAUAUACAAGAUUAUAUAUGUAUAUACUAUUAGUAAACAAAUGAAAGUAUAUUCUUUAAUAUUCAAGAAUAUAAUUACAUUUUAUAUGAAAUAAAUAUUUAAGUGAUAAGCUGUAAUGAUAACUUAACUUUAUAGGAUCAUUAAAACUGCGCAAAUUAAAAAGAUAUAGAUGCCUUUAUGAAUUCUGCUAAUAUUUAAUUAAAACUACAAGUUAAAUAAUUUAAUAUAUAAUCUAGAUCAAUGGAGUCUACAUUUCAGACAGUAACAAUAUACACUUCUUCAGAUUAAUAUACAACAACGAAUAUUGAUUUAUAAAACUAGUAAAUUUAGGUAAAAUAAGGUUUAUUCAUUCAAAAUAAAUAAAUUUAUAAUGCUCCUGGUAACUUUUAGGUUGGUAAUCAAAACCUAAAUAGAUAGUUUGUCGUUUAAAACUAUGGUUCUUCUCCUUAUAGCUUUAUUGUAAUAAAAGUUGAUUAAAUCACUUAAUAAAUCUCAAUUCAAUUCCCAACUAUUCCUUAAAUAUUAGCCUUAGUGAAUAGCGUUGCUCAUAUUUUAAUGUUUUUUGGGAUAUUUUUGAGGUAUCUUUCUCAGCUAGAUUUAAAAAAAGAUUUUUUUGUUAUAAUUUUGUAAAAUAUUUAUUAAAGCACAUAUUAAGAUAUUCUGAAAAUCAAUAAUUUAUGUGAACCAAUUGAAAAGUUGAAUAAUAACUUACAAAAUAAAGAAUAAGAUAAUAAUUUGAAAGGAUAAAUAGAUUAAAUUUAAACAUCAAAAUAUGAAAAAGAAAAUAUUAAAAAAGAAUGUUUUGAUAAUGAAAAUUAAGAAACAGAGCAGCCAAAUAAAGAAGAUUCUAUAUUUAUAGAAUUAGUUGACAUAAAAAAUAAAAUUAAAAAAACGGAUAUAAAGAAUCAUAAAAAUGAAGAAUCUUAACCAUCAUAAGACUGCUAAUAAGUCCAUUAAAUAGGGCCCAAAUUGAUUUAUCCUAUAUAUCUGUAAGAAAAGUAAAUAUCUUCUCAUGCAUUAGACAUUUCUAAAUAAAAUCAAAAAAAAUCAAAUGCUACUAAAGAAAUUGAGCCAUAAAAGAAUAAUUUGGAAUAAUUAAUCUAGGCUGAUUAAUAAACCUUUUAUAAAUUUGAAUAAAUGACAAAAAGUGACUAAACCUAAGAAAAAUAAAUUGAAAAGCUAAAAAUGAGUAAAGACAAAACACUGGCUUCUAAGCUAAAAAAAAUCAUAUUUAAUUUUAAGAUAUUCAAUAAGAAGAAAUACUUGAGUUCUAAAGGUUUAUUGCCUUAACAUUAAAAGAAAAUAUAUGAAUAAAUAGACUAAGAUUUGAACAUUAAUUAUUUCUAUUAAGAAAUAAUUUUUUUAAAAAAGGCGAUAAUGAUUCUUCUAACUUAAGAUUAAUUAGCCUCUAUUUAGCUAAUUGGAUGCUCCUAGAACUUUUUAAAUUUAAAUAUAGACCAAUCAGAUGCAUAGUCUAUUUUAAAAUCCAACUUAGGUCUAAAUCAUUAUGAGCUCUAACUUGCAAUUACAUAGUCUUAAAAUUUGUAAGGUUAAUAUUUAUAAUAAUUCUUAAAGAGGUGCUCACCUCAAGAUAAAAGCGAAAGUAUAAGUGAAGUAGAUAAAAGAAUCCUAGAGUCGAUCAGUAAAUGUUAUAUAAGUUGA